CUUGUACGAUUCUCCAAUGUUUAUACAAGACGAUAUUGAUACAUUGAGCCCCAAUCAGCUCACCCUGCUAAAUGUCGCUUUCGAUGGUAUUGUAAGAGUAGAAUGGAAAGAACUUAGAACCAUUUUAGAGCAGAGAUUAUCAGAAAUUGCUCCGAAUAUUAAUAAAAUCAAAAAUGAAGACGAUGACGUAUUCCAAAUAGAGGAGAUAACGUCUCUCAUUCAAGAACUCUCAGAGUACCCUACUAAGCAUACCCUGCAGAGCUCCAUUCACGAUACAACGGAUAUGCGAGAUUCUCCUAAACCCCUUCGUGGUAGGAGAGGGAAAGUUCAUGCUUCAAAGACUCAAGCAGGCUCUCCAAUCUGUUGA